ACGAUAGCUACAACGCAGUUCAACAAUGAUUCCCAUCAGAAGACCUUUAUUGGCAUCGUCAGUAGCUUCAGCGGGUUCCACUUUCGUUGGAUCUGUUUCGGGUAGACUUGUGAGAUGUGACAUGUGCCAGAGAAACUUUGCUGAGGAUCGUAUCAACAAACAUCGGGAAAUCUGCAAGAAAACAAAAGCCAAGAAACGGGAGGUUUUCGACACCACCAACCAACGGCUAGCGGGAACAGUUGCGGAAAAGUACAUCCUCAACAAGAAGGGUACGCCGCUUGGGAGAAGAUCUGUUUCCUCGGCUGGUGGGACGGAUACGACUCGUAAAAAUAAUUGGCGCCAGAAGCAUGAGGAGUUCAUCCGGACAAUUCGAGCGGCUAAAGAAAUGCAAGCUCAUCUAGCGAAGGGCGGCAAACUGUCCGAUUUGCCACCUCCUCCGCCAUCCGAGAAUCCGGAUUACAUCCAGUGCCCGCAUUGCUCGCGACGCUUCAAUCAGAGCGCUGCCGAGCGACACAUUCCCAAGUGUGCCACGAUGCUGCACAACAAACCGAAAGCCACGAUCCAGACGAAAGUUAAGCGGUUCUAAAAGAAAGAGGAUAUGAAUUACGUUGCUCAUAAACUAUUAAUCCAAAUUCCGAAUGUCGUUGAUGUAUACAUUUCCUUUGACCUUUGAC